UUCAAAGAGCUUGCCGCCGGGCUGAAUCCAGGCCCUUUCGUCUUGGCAGAUUCGAGGCGUUUGGAACGACAAGAACCUAGAUGUGGAGCCCGAAUUCGAGGGUGUCACUGAUUUGGUUUGGAGAGUACCUUUGAGGAUCUCUGAAGGGGAAAGAGUGCUACAGACUCUCGCUAUUGUCACGCCCUUCGCCUGCAGCCACAGCCCACAUAGGGUGGGCCUGAUCUGUUCCUGACCCUAGAGGGCCAACCCCGGGACGGGGCGGAGUCGGGGUAUUGGGGAUCCAGGAGGUCGGGCUGUCAGACGUAGGGGAAAAUUGAGUUGCGUGUUAAGGAGGCUGAUAGAGUUCAAAGGUCAGGGGUCAACGUCGCGAGCUGUUGUGGGGACUCGAAAGUCGGAGGGGUGCUUAGGAAAGACUCAGGUAGGGACUGAACAGUCGGAGUACAGAUUUGUGGGAAGGGGACUUGGAGGGAGGAGAAGCUCGGGCUGACAGGUCGCGUGUCGCCGGGGGAGGCGGGGAGACUUAGAGAAGACUGAAGGGGAGAAGGAUCCUGUUAAGACACCCAUUCUCGGACCGCGAGCCCGUCACUAUCGGUCACUUGGCCGGGCCUCCCGUAGUUGUAACCUCAGUUGUCCGCAGGGUGAGGAGAUGGCUUCUCCCUCUAGACAGGCCCCCCUCGGGGGGUCAGGACUGCUUCAAGGGAGCCGGGCUCGUUCUUAUGGAAGCCUGGUGCAGUCUGCCUGCUCUCCGGUGAGGGAAAGACGCCUGGAGCAUCCGUUGGCGCCCGGAGACACCCUGGCUGGACUAGCACUCAAAUACGGGGUGACGAUGGAACAGAUUAAGCGUGCAAACCGCCUUUAUACUAAUGACUCCAUCUUCCUGAAGAAAACCCUCUACAUCCCCAUCCUGACAGAGCCCAGAGACCUGUUCAAUGGUUUGGAUUCUGAGGAAGAAAAGGAUGGAGAAGAAGCAGUACAGCCAAGUAAGGAUGAAGUUCGACCACACUCAGCCGAGAGGAAGAAACGAGAAAGAGGUUUAGGACAUGCCAAUGGUGAAGUGCUUCCCACACCUGGCCAGGAGCCCCCCAUGCAUGACCUUUCUGCCUCCGAUUUCCUUAAGAAGCUUGAUUCACAGAUCAGCCUGUCAAAGAAGGCUGCUGCCCAGAAGCUGAAAAAGGGGGAAAGUGGGAUACCUGGGGAGGAUUCAAGUCUUCACCUGAGCUCUCCUCGGAUGCAGCAACGAGCAGUCCUAGGUCCCGUGCCACUGACCCAGACCUCUCGGACCCGGACACUUCGGGACCAGGAAGAUGAAAUCUUCAAACUCUGAGGUCCCCAGAAUGGAUUGAGAGAAGCCAGAUGCUGAAGGAGUAUCGUGAGGGAGAGAGGAGCUGGAGGUGAGGCUCAGGAGCACAGCUUCCCAGCCUACCUCCCCGCACUCCCAUCUCCCCAGCCUCCUUGUCCGGCAAGAGUUCCUUGGCCUGGAGCAGUUCUAUUGACAAGGGUAGGGGAUGGGAAACAGACCCCUUCUCUGUUCUUGGGCUGAGUCUAGAAUUGGUCUUUAGACUCAAAAGGUCUUUUUACAUCCCUGCUGCCCUUCCCGUCCCUUUCAUGAUUCCUUGGCCUUAGAGCCAAGGGAGGCAGGGACUCCCCUAGCCCCUAACUUCCUCCCCAUCUCCAACUCUGUUACCUAAUUUAUUUGGUGCUAUAUUGAAGUAAUAUUUAUUUGCUGUACCUUAUUGUUUCCCACUCUUAGCUGAAAAAUGGGAUUUCUGUAGCCCUGGGAUGAGGGGAACCCAGGAACAGUGAGCCAGUGAUUUCUAGUCCACCUUCCCCACCUUCUUAGCCAACCAUGUUAUUGAGCAUGGGCCAUCAGUGAUCUAGCUCUGCUGCAGGGAGUGGCAGACUGUGCCGGGUCUUGCCCCCAAUCUCAAAUGAAAGAAUCUGGGCUUAGUCUUGACUAAUCAGGUCACUGUAACUUUUUCACAACUCUUGCUCUGAGAAAAAAAAAAACACAGCAAUGUAGGGUCCGCAACCCUCCGUGCCACCAGUUCACCCCUCUGAUCUGCUCCUCUCUUCGGCCUGUGUGAGACUAAGGGAUGGAAGAAGAAUUGACUUGGAGUUUGAAGAGGAAGACAGUUGUGGGAAUCUUUUUGCCAUGGGAGCCUCUUUGUUAUACCCUCUCCCUACCAGAGCCUAUUGAUCUAUGCCUUGCUCCUCACUACGUAUUUAUUUGCAAUUUGUAGCACUGAUCUGUGGUAUAGUUUUUUUGAGUGUCUUAAACAGAAGAAGUAGGCAAGGAAACCCUAGUGAUAUUGGAAAUAUGCCUCAGUCUCUUGUAUGGGAAUGGUGAGAGGUGAGAUGAGUGGUGUUUAUAUACCUCUUCCCUCUGUGAUGGUCAUAAGAUGUAAGAAGCUGGAGAGAUUAAACAUUGAGCCCUGUG